GCUCAACUCAUUCUUCCGUAGCAUCGUUAGCCUCUUAGCUCGCACACCGGAGAUUGCGGGAACACGGACCGUAGGAGGGGAGUUCAUUCAAAGGCUGCUCGAUAUUUAUCAUCGUCCCCUUCCAGAGGAACACACACACCCAGAUAGCACGGCGUGGUUUAUUCUUAAACGAGCAGAAACGUCCAGAGGAGCCUUCGUGUCCGGGUUUUAUCGUCUGUGAGGGGACGCACGCUGAUGGCGGUCACUAUCGAGGAUCUCUACCGGAGCUACGGGGUCCUUGCUGACGCGAAGGACAACCUCAGCCAGCACAAAGAUGCCUACCAAGUAAUCUUGGAUGGCGUGAAAGGUGGCCCGAAGGAGAAGCGCCUGGCUGCACAGUUUAUCCCCAAGUUCUUCAGCAGCUUUCCGGAACUGGCCGACUCAGCCAUUAAUGCCCAGCUUGAUCUGUGUGAAGACGAGGAUGUGUCGAUCCGACGGCAGGCCAUCAAGGAGCUUCCGCGAUUUGCAACUGGAGAGAACAUCCUCAGAGUUGCAGAUAUUCUCACCCAGCUCCUUCAGACAGAUGAUACUGCAGAGUUCAACCAAGUGACUGGAUCGCUUAUUUCUAUUUUCAAGAUAGACGCUAAGGGAACUCUCGGAGGCCUCUUCUCUCAGAUCCUGCAGGGAGAGGACAUAGUGCGGGAAAGGGCCAUCAAGUUUCUGUCAACCAAACUGAAGACCCUUACAGAGGAAGUCAUGACAAAAGAGGUGGAGGAUUACGUCUUUGCAGAGACAAAGAAGGUUCUGGAGGAUGUGACGGGAGAGGAGUUUGUGCUGUUGAUGCGUGUGGUGUCGGGCCUGCGGGUGCUGCAGUCGGUGAGUGGGCGGCAGCAGCUGGUGGAGCUGGUGGUGGAGCAGGCUUUCCUAGAGCAGGCCCUCAACCCGGCCGACCCCGACACUGUUGACCGCCUGCUGCAGUGCACACGCCAAGCCCUGCCCCUCUUCUCUAAAAAUGUCCAUUCCACACGUUUUGUAACCUACUUCUGUGAACACGUCCUGCCCAACCUCAGUGCCCUGACAAGUCCUGUGGCUGAGCUGGACAUUCAGUUGGAGGUGCUGAAGCUGCUGGCUGAGAUGAGUCCGUUCUGUGGAGACAUGGAUAAGCUGGAGCCCAACCUCAACAUGCUGUUUACCAAGCUGCUGGAGUUCAUGCCUCUGCCGCCAGAUGAAGCAGAGAACGGAGAAAACUCAGCGAGCGAGGAACCCAAACUGCAGUUCAGCUACGUGGAGUGUCUCCUCUUCGGCUUCCACCAGCUGGGGAAGAAGCUGCCGGACUUCCUCAUCGAGAAAGUGGAUGCCGAGCAGCUCAAAGACUUCAAGAUCAGGUUACAGUAUUUUGCCAGAGGUCUGCAGGUUUACAUCAGACAGCUGCGAGUAGCACUGCAAGGAAAGUCAGGAGACGCUCUGAAGACGGAUGAGAAUAAGAUCAAAGUGGUGGCCCUCAAGAUCACAAACAACAUCAACGUCCUCAUCAAGGAUCUCUUCCACAACCCUCCAUCAUUCAAGAGCACAGUCAGUCUGUCCUGGAAACCCAUCCAGAAGUCGGAGGCAGUAGCGCCCAAACGUCCGUCCGCUGACGAGAUGGGUUCUGGCGGCACAACAAAAAAACAGGUCUCUCCUCUGCCCCGGAGGGACGCGAGGCAGAUCUACAAUCCCCCCAGUGGCAAGUUCAGCGCAACCAUUGGAAACUUCACUUAUGAACAGCGCGGCGGCUUCAGGGGCGGCCGAGGACGAGGCUUCGGAGGCCGAGGCAACAGGAGCCGAGGCAGAAUCUACUGAGAAACACGCACGACCCACACAUACAGUACAUAUUGCUCAUUGAACUGCAUCACAUCAGGAUCUUUUUCCGCACCAAGACGGACUAUUUGUCACCUACUCUUCUUUUUUUUUUUUUUUUUUUUUUUUAACCGGUCUCCACGUCUUUUUCACUUUCCAACUCUCACAUCCAGGUUUUUG